GCAACAUUAAUUUAUUGAUUUGGCUGUAGAGAAUCCGAUGAAAUCGAUCCGAGUGUUUUUGUCCACCCUGGAAGCGCACGUGUUAAGGGGAGGUAACUCUAACAGGACAUUUCUCACCAACAUGGCGAUGUGUAACCUGGCUGGCAAGGUGGCCCUAAUUACAGGCGCCAGUUCCGGUAUUGGUGCUGCCACGGCUGCAUUAUUUUCCAAACUUGGGGCACAGCUUGCCAUUACUGGUCGAAAGGAAAAUAACUUGCAAAAGACAGGAGACCAGUGCCAAAUACAUGGAGCAAAGCCAUUGUUGUUGACUGCUGACCUUAGUAAAGAAGACAACACAAAGAAGGUUCUAGAUUCCACUAUUGCCCAUUUCAAGAAACUUGAUAUUCUGGUCAACUGUGCUGGAAUUAUAGAAUUUGGAAAUAUAGAGAAUACCUCCUUGGAACAAUAUGACCGAGUUUUCAAUAUCAACGUCAGGUCUAUAUAUCAUUUGACUAUGUUGGCUGUACCACAUCUGGUUGCUACCAAAGGAAAUAUUGUCAAUGUAUCAAGUGUUAAUGGACUAAGAUCUUUUCCAGGAGUUCUGUCAUAUAACAUGUCCAAGAGUGCCUUAGACCAGAUGACACAGUGUACAGCUUUAGAAUUGGCACCAAAACAAGUCAGGGUUAACAGUGUCAAUCCUGGAGUAAUCGUUACGGAAUUACAGAAAAGAGGUGGAAUAAGUGAUGAAGCCUACAUCACUUUUCUGGAAAGAUGCAAACAGACACAUGCCCUUGGACGUCCUGGACAAGUUGACGAAGUUGCCUCUGCCAUCGCCUUCUUAGCAUCAGAUGCCAGUUCCUUCAUCACAGGUGCAUUGCUGCCAGUUGACGGGGGACGACAUGCCAUGUGUCCACGAUAAUGCCACACCCCAAAAAUUGAGACCUGUUUAUACUGAAAUUUAUUUUAUGAACUCGACUAUUAACUAUAUUUGUGAUAAAAGGUGUGAAGUAGCAGGAAGAGAUCCUAUACCCCACUCCCACGUUAGAAUGAAAGCUGAAAGUGAGUUUCUAUUCUUGGUUGAAACUGGGUUUUUUUUUUUUUUCCACUUGCUGUUGGAUAAUGAAACAAUAAGCAUUUAACAAGACCAUUUUGUGAACCUCUUAGAGGCAAAAAAAUAAUUAAAAUGAUACCUGGUUAAAAGAAGUAACUAGAAAUUGGUUGUCUGUACAUUCAGAAACUAGUAAACUUGUUUGAUGCCCGACCAAUAUUCCAAUCUCAAAGACAUUCAGAAAGCGACUUGCACUGAAGAGUGUCAAAAUAAAAUGGUGAUAGUUCCAAACUUUGAAAUGCUUAGUUCAAUCCCUCAAUGUUUGGCUGUUGUUUGUCUAUCAUUCCUUUGUAGUUGAUAAAAUAUGUACCAGCAAUAUACUGAGGUCUGUUCAAACAACUAUGUGUGGUUGUGUAUGCAUACGACUUGGAGAACUCGAUACUUUUUGCAGAGUAAAAUUUAAUUCAGGUAUUGUAACGUUUAAUCUUUUAUUUUUUAAACCUGCCAUAUCCGACCAAAAUAUUCUACCCGUUCUAUGCUCAAACCAGCCAGAUCUGGUCUCUCACACCUAUCCUACGAUGUCAAUCUGAAAAUAAACAACCACUGUACCAAAAUCUCACAGGUAUGAGAUGAUGUAUAAUUAAUACAAAACAAUUGAAUAACGAAGUAUUAUAUGUAACAGAAUAAUUUCAAUGCUAAAGGGUUAAUACUGGGAAUACCAUGCAUUCCAGAAAAAUACCAAAUUCCUUUCAACAACAGCUUAUGGAUAAAAAGUGGCCAUGUAAUGAUCUUAUAUUGAUGGU